AUGGAUCUCCAUCGAGACAAUGAUGAAGAUGAUGACAGUGAUCGAACCGAAAGUUAUACACCACCACCACUUGACAUUACCAACACUUCUAAUCAGAGCAGUGAAAAAGAAAAUCAAUAUAAACAACAUACCACUGUACAGAAAGAACAGUCCAUUAUAGUCUUAGAUGAUAGUUUUAAUCAAGUAUCGAUCUCCAGACAAGAUGAUCACGAGCCAAUUGAUAAUUAUUGGGACCAAUGGCCAUUAGUUAUGAACGACAUUAACAACGAAGAAGUUUCGAAACUUUAUGCAAUACCUGAUGUUGAUAUACCGCCUUCACCUCCGCGUCCGAUCGUUCCAUCUUCUAUGAGUCAAAACAAUAUUCUUGAUAUCCUAACCGCUCCGUCUCCCUCCUACAAUGCAAAUCCAGUGCGAAAGUCUGUAGCACGAAAAGCACCAGUCAAACGAAGGAAGAAGAAAAAGAAAUCAAUGACUGAAUAUCGACCACCAUCUCCAUUCUCACCUAAGCCAGAUUAUAAAUCCAUGGAUAUUGAACAAAUAAAGAAACACGCAAUGAAAUACGGUUUAUCUACUAGUCUCUCCAAAGGAAGACUUGUAAAAAUUCUCGAUGAAAUUUAUAAUGUCACUCAUCAAUACGAAACAGAUACUGAUUUCGAAUUCGAUAUUGAUGAUAAUAACUCUCUCGAAGUUGCUGCGCCGAAAAAGGAUUUGUCUCAUACUCCGCCAACACCCGCUGUUAAAAAUGAAACAAAAAAGUCGAAAAAACGUUCAGCUAUUCAUCAAAUGAGUUCUUCCGAUGAAACAAACGAUCAUUCACCACCAAAAAUCAAGAAAACAAUCGCGAUUAGCACAGCAGAUAAUCUUGUAAAUAAUAGUCAAUCGAAUGAAGACGAAGAACAUGAUGACGAUGAAACUAAUGCAGAUCACGAAGGUCGUUUUCUUGAACUCACCGUCUACGAAUUAUCAUCAUCGGCAGCAUCAUCCAGUUCUUUAUCAAUUAGCGAUACUCCGCCUGCUCGUCUUCCAAAUCUGAGUCCUUCGAAGCAAUCACCCGUCGAAAUGGCUUCUCAGUCAAGUGCAACGAAACAGUCGAAAAGCAAAAUUUCGACAUCCGAUUCUGAUCUUCCCUCAUGCAAAAAAGCAGCAAAACGUCCUAAACUCGAAACACCCACCCUUCCUCUCAAAGAAAUCGUUCGUAAUUACAUAGAAUCGAAUCCAUCAUUACACGCUCGUGUUCUCUGCUAUGAACCUGUCGAUUUCGAAGAAUUUCACAAACAGAUGAAAGCCGAUCUGAAUCUAAAAAUUCAAUCCAAAGAAUUAAUGCAAUGUCUCGAUGAUCAGUGUAUCACAUUUACAUUACGUUCUCGAAAAGGCGCUUUUACGAGCAUGUCAACUUUGCCACCUACGACGAUAUCGACAAAAAAAGAGAAGAAUGAAGAACAAUUCGAAUUGGAACAGGAAUUUAUUCUUCGAAUGCCACCGGGUGAAUAUGCUACACGAUUACAUGAUUUGAUCGAAUCGGGAGACGAGAAGAUUCGUGAACGUCUUUUUAUCGAUUUAAACGCGGAAACGAGACGUGGUCGAGUGAAAUUCGAUGACACCAUUUUCAAGGCAACACUCUACGAUUUACCGUGUAUUACUGAAUCGUAUAAAACCUUCGAUCGGAAAACGAUAUACAAAAUCGCUGAUAUUGCUCAAAUUCUUGUUUGUCGAUUACCGGGUGAUCUGAGUUCCAGUGAGGAUGAUGACGAUGAGUAUGAUCCUGCAAAACGAUCCAGUACAGGUGCAGCGACAACAGUAGAUGGAGACAAGAAGAAGAAAGAAAAAGAUAAAGAAAAGAAGUAUCAAUGGCCUCAUGGAUUGACACCGCCGAUGAAAAACGUACGAAAACGUCGCUUUCGAAAAGUAGCGCGACAAAAAACGCAAGAUCACGAUGAAAUUGAAAAAGAAGUGCGACGUCUAUUCCGAGCGGACCAUGAAGCAAUCGAUGUCAAAUGGGAAAUAAUUGAAGAUGAUCAAGAAGUCGAAAUUACUAAACCAUUAGAAAAAGACCCACUCGAACAUAAUGAUCUUUUUGGUGGUGCCGUUAGUGAAUCCGACGAAGAAGAUGCUUCCCAGAAAGGUCAUACUGAACGUCAUCAUGCGCCGAGUUCUGUCGAUCAACGAACAGAUUUCGAUGGUUUAUUCAGCGGAGAUAUGGGUGAGCUAAGUAAUAUGGAUACAACAUCUCAAGCCAAUCCGAUCGAUGAUGAACAUCUUGACCAAUCUCAAUGGACACAACAGGAUGAUCUUAAUUUGGAUGACAGCACAACUACGGGUGGUUUAUCGGAAGAAACUCGAACGAAAUUAGAGGAAUGUCAACAGGAAUUAUAUCGAUUAAACAACGAAAAAGCGAAUAUUGAUAAUCAAUUAGCUCAGAUGAAUAACCCUGCACUUCGAAAUAUGUUGUUAUUAAGAGCAAGAACAAUAGAAGCGGAGAUUGAACGCGCACGAAUGGAGCAUGAUCAAUUGUCGAAUAUGUAA